CACCAAACUGACACAUUUACAACAAAGGUUAAUGAAAAUGGAAACAUUUGUAAUUUGCCGAAAAUGGAAAAAUAUUUAUAUAAAAAAAUGGUUUUUAAAAAUAAAAAUUAAAGUGAAGUAAUGGCAGAGUAUUUAUAUAACCCACGAGCCUUUGCUUCGUCCCCCUGCAUCAUCAUCAUCGACCAGUUCUCUUUACUUAUCUGGAAAAAAAAAAACAUCAUUCAAGAGCAAAAACCCUAAUUAAACGCAAAAAAAGAAUAUGAAUCAAACCCAACAUCAUCAUCAUCAUCACUGUUCUUGAAGAGAUUCCUUCACAGAGAAAUGGUAACUAUCAGCAACGAGAAGCAAGAAUCAAGAAUCUCAGGUACUUAUAUCAGAACCCUAGUGAAGCAACUUGCUUCUUCAAGAACCAAAGACAGCGAUUCCGCCAUGAACCCUCGAGAGAAAACCACCGAGAAUUCUAAGAAAUCUACCGGCAAAACGCAUAUGCAACCGCAGACGCAGAAGAAGCAGGUGAGGAGGCGCUUGCACACCAGCCGUCCGUACCAGGAGCGGCUACUGAACAUGGCGGAGGCGCGGCGAGAGAUCGUCACCGCUCUGAAACAGCACCGCGCCGCCAUGAAGCAGCGUCAGCGUCAACAGACGCAGACGCAGACGCAGACGCUGUUGCUGAGUGAGGGAGAAUCGAGACCAAGACCGAGCUCUGAGUGUGUUAUGGACCCGUUUCCGUACUGUGUCCAUCCUCCUCCUCCCCCGCAACCUCCUGAUCCAUUUCCAUGGCAGAUUCCGACGACGAACCCACCUCUCAAUUUCGUCCUCCCUAAUCAACCCUUAGGCCUAAACCUCAAUUUCCAAGAUUUCAACGACAUAAUCCAAACCUCGCCAUCAUCGUCAUCAUCGAUUUGCACCAACAACAGCAACAGCGUCAGCAUCAACAACAACCCACCAAUCUUUUCUUCACCGCCCUCCUCCUCUCCACCUCCUCCGUCGUCGUCCUCCACUGCCGCCGUCGCCGGAGGAGGAGGAGGAGACGCCGGUUUUCACCAGACGGUGGACGAGGAAGAGAUGGCGAGGAUGAGAUCGAUCGGGGAGAAGCACCAGAUCGAGUGGAACGACACGGUCAACCUGGUGACGUCAGCUUGGUGGUUCGAGUUUAUGAAGACGGUGGAGCCGCCGGAGAUGAAGCCGGAGAUCGAUGAUGACGUCUGCCGACCAUUCGGCGACGUCAUGGAGUUCCCCUCUUGGUUGAACCCAACAGAGGAACCUUAUCUCAGCGAUUACUCUUCGCCUGACGAUCCUGCUUUGUCCUGUAUGGAAAUUGGAGAGAUUGAAGGAAUGGAUGGGGACUGGCUUGCUUGAACCACAAAGAUUGAUUGCAGCUUUUUUUAAGACUUCAUGAAUCAAAUCUUGUGGUUCUUUCUUCUGUUGUUCUUUUUUUUUUCAUUUUUAUUUUUGGUCUUGCUGUUUUUCUCUUUUCAAAUUUUGUAUUUUUUUCUGUUUUUUUUCUUUUAAUUAAUAAGGGACUUGCAGAGGAUGUUCAAGUUGGCUUUGAGUCACGUAAGGACAUAAUUUUAUUUUUUAUUAUUCAUUGUCCAAUUUUUUA